CUUAAAGGAUCUCUCUGUCUGCUGUUUUCGGAAUUACAUCAAAACACAGCGAUCAUGGGGAUACACCAGUCUGAUUGGGGUACAGCCCUAUAUAAACUCCUGUGGUACACUAUAUAAACUCCUGUACUACACUACACAGACUCCUGUACUACACUAUUUCAACUCCUGUAAUACAGUUUAUAGACUCCUGUACUACACUAUAUAAACUCCUGUACUACACUACACAGACUCCUGUACUACACUAUAUUAACUCCUGUAAUACAGUUUAUAGACUCCUGUACUACACUAUAUAAAUUCCUGUACUACAGUUUAUAGACUCCUGCACUACACUACACAGACUCCUGUACUACACUACACAGACUCCUGUCCUACAGUUUAUAGACUCCUGUACUACACUAUAUCAACUCCUGUACUACAGUUUAUGGACUCCUGUACUACACUACACAGACUCCUGUACUACAGUUUAUAGACUUCUCUAUUGCACUGCAGUAUACUGUAUACCCCAUGCAUUGCACCAUGUAAACCCUUUAAGUAUUUAAUAACAAAAUUGCAUAACCUUUUUUAGAAUUCAGUUUUUAAUUUUUUUUUAAUCCAGAGCACAAUUUGUUUCAAGUUGUUAGGAAUGAUAAAACAUAUGGACGAAAAGUCAGAGCAGUGUCUGAAUUGUCAGUGCUGUGCAGUGGGAGAGUAAAGGUUUCUCUGCUGUACAGAGCUGGGGCUGUGGAGGUCUAGGCUGUCCAAUGUGCGCAGAGACACCUGAUAACUCGCACUGUUACAGAAGUUACAAAAGUCACAGACAGCAAGAGUUCUGCAGUCAAAGCAAAGAUCAGUGUGACCACAGGUUACCUGCUGGGCUGUUAUCAGUGCAGGGAGUCACCAGGUACAGGGUGUGUCUGAGCGAAGGUGUGUGUGUUUUAGCAUCACUCAUGCAGCGCAAAUAGCACAAACUGUGAGAAAACGUCCCCAGAAAUAACAGUAGCUCCUGACAUACAGGUGAUGUAAGGAUGUCAUAUUUUCUUAGAAAUCAGAAGGCAUCUUCUUUAAAUCCAAAGGAGCCUAAACAAUUUGUUUCUGGUCUGUUUUCACCUCAUGUGGAGCUACUUGAAUAGAAAGCGAACCAGAAAGAGAAUUUGAUUGAAACCCACGCAAACACAGGGAGAGCAGAUGAACUCCAGAGAGAAAACGCCCCAGGUCUAGGACUGAGCCCAGGGCCCCAGCACUGCGAGACAGCAUUGCUGCCCAUAAAUUCAGUCCACCUGGCCUGCAGCAGCACAGAUAAACAGACACACACAGUGAUGUGUCUGUGUCCCAACAGGAGUUCAGACGUGUCUCCAGGGAGCAGAGUCCAGACUGACUCACUCCUGUUACUUGUGACCCUAAUACUGUAAAUGUGAUACAAGAGAUGCUCAUCAGAAAGGCUUAAUGUGUCUGAGUUUAUUGAUCAUGAUCAGAUUUCUGUAUGUAAGAAGAAAAACGAGCAAGAAGUGAAUCAUUUACAAGACUGGCGCCUCUGAGGAACGGACACAGAGCACAGUAUCACAGCUGAGAAAACCAGUGAAACAUCAGCCCUCGAUACAGACAGAUGCAGGGUUUUGGUAGGGUUCAGGUAGACAAAAUAACUGUAAAUACAAAGUGAGAAAUAUUGAGCUAGAAGAUGAUACAGUUCUUGUGAAAAAGACCUGGGUGACUAUGUCGACACAUCGCUUAGCCUGCGUCUCCCAGGCAAUGUGGGAAGCAAUAAAAAUACCAGGAUAUCUAGUGAAAAGUGAGGGAACCCUAGGGAAAAGAUUUAAAUCAAAGCUGGUCGUGUCGAAGAUGUCAGGCUGCAUUUAGAAUGGUGUGUACAAUGAUCAGAAGAGGGAGAGACUGAGGUUCCCGCUCUGCUGUCAGAGCUGGCCGUGUGUCUGCGUGUCGGCAGCAGAGGGCGCUGUCCGGCAGGCAGCGGGUUCCCUCGCCCCGUGCCCCGUGCCCCGUGCCCUGUGGGCGGAGUGUGUGGAAGAGCAGGCGUGGACUCUGCCCCGAGACCCGCUCCGGGACCCGGGCCGCCCACUGCGCCGUGUCCAGCGCUCGGCUCGGCCGAAGUGACCGCGGUGCGGACGGCAGGACACGCAGUCUCGCUGGUGACGCCAGUCCUAAUAAUAGCCGCGGUCUGUAACAGGCUGAAGCUGCAUUCGCAGUGCUGUGCGUAGAAAGUCCACAGUAACCGCAGCGACGAGCCUGUAAGUGCGGACUGUGUGCCUUCUUGCGUGACCAUGCGCUACUGCAGCACGCGUGGAGCUGUGAGGGGGCGGGGCUUCGAGGACGUGCUGUUCUCUGGCUUCGCGGAGGACGGGGGCAUGUUCAUGCCUGAGGAGCUGCCCUCUGUGCCCCCUGCCACGCUGCGCCUCUGGAGCGCCCUGUCCUACCCCCAGCUGGUGGAGGAGGUCUGUGCCCUCUUCAUCCCCCCAGAGGUCAUUCCCCGAGAGGAGCUGAAUGCCCUGCUGUCUCGGGCGCUCAGGGGGUUCUCUGUGCCUGAAGCAGUGCGGAUGGUGAGGCUGCAGGAUGGGCUGGCAGUCCUGGAGCUGUGGCACGGUGCCACCCUGGCCUUCAAGGACCUGGCCAUGAGCUGCACAGCGCAGCUGAUUGGACACUUCCUCAAGAGGCAGAAGAGACACGUCACUAUCCUCGUGGGUAAGAGACAGGCCUGGUCUGCUUUUCAGUUUGUGUGCACCUGGAGCUCUAUCUGCCUGUAAAUUCAAUUCAAGAACUGGACUGGUAAAUUUCAGUGUUGCUAAG